AUGCAGAAGAAGUCGAAAAGCCCGGAAUAUCUCAAAUUGAAAAAGUUCAGGGGCGAGAUGCUAUCUCGGGAGAAGCAAGAUCAUCAGAAGGCAUACCGUGAGAAAGCUUUCACGCUGGAAGAGAUGCUCCCGCAUCGGAGAGUCGCCGAUGAGCUAGUUAGCUUGUAUCUGUCUACAUUUGAAACGACAUAUCGAAUCUUGCACGUUCCAACAUUUCUCAAGCAAUAUGAGACAUACUGGGCUGGUACCGAAACCGCUGAUAUGGCCUUUAUUGCCAAACUUUUGGCGGUGAUGGCUGCCAGCAGCUGCUUUUUUAGCCCAACGACGAGACUCAAUGAGAACGAUACUUUGCAUAGUGCGGCGGGAGGGUGGAUUAUGGCAGUUCAGUCUUGGAUCUCAUCCAUUAACGUUAGCUCAACGAUUGACUUCAACAUGUUGCAGAUCCAGUGUAUCUUGAUUCUCGCACGCCAGGCUGACGCUACAGAUGGGGAUGUUGUCUGGAUCUCUUCGGGCUCUUUGAUCCGCUCUGCCAUGAUGAUAGGGUUGCACCGGAACCCCGCGCGCUUUCCAAAGAUGACUAGGUUUUGGGCUGAAAUGCGUCGCCGCCUGUGGGCUACCAUCUUGGAGCUGGAUCUGCAGUCAGCCUUGGACGGAGGGAUGCCUCCUUCAAUCGACUUAGACGAAUAUGACUGUGACCCACCGUCAAAUUAUGACGAUGAAGACCUGACGGAAGAUCUGACAGAGGACGUUAUCCCGAAGGACGCAGCGAUGAUAACACGCAGUAGUUUCCAGGUUCUGCUGGCGCGGUCAUUGUCGUUGCGUGUUCGAGUAGCGAAGUUAGUCAAUAGUUUGAAGUUCGCUUUGUCUUAUGACGAGGCAUUGCGCCUGAGCGAACAACUGGUUCAGUACCGGGAUAAUGCCUUGGCCUUGUUCCCCGAUAACGCAUCCACAUCAAUUUCCCCUGAGAGUCAGCAGUUCACGAGGUCGUUCUUGAUGUUCAUCAUGGUCAGGUUUUUACUUGUUCUUCACCGUCCAUUCUCUCUCAGUGUGCAAUUGUCGCCCAAAUUUUCCUAUUCACGAAAGAUCUGUCUCGAGUCAUCUCUGGAAAUGCUUUCUCAGCUGGAUGCUCCCGCUGUUAGCCUCCCAGAGGCACAAGCAUGUCCACAUCUAGGACAGCUUAGUGGCGGGAUGUUCCGAGACGAAUUUUUCCACGCCGCGAUCACCGUCUGUGUGGAGGUUUCCCUCCAAGCUAGCGAGUUUUCCUCAUCGAAACAGCCCCCUGGCCAGCUUAGCUCACUAAGUUCGCUAAAUGACCUGGUACGGUCCCAGCAGGAUGUCUUAGUCCGGGCCGUAGAGCAUACGCUGGACACCUUUGGCAGCCGAAUUUCGCCACGGGGGAAAGGGUGCAAGGCAUUUAUUUUCCUUGCAAUGGCUCUCGCAUCUGUCAAGGCGCGUCUGAACGGAGAGGAUGCCCUAAGGAAGGUCGAACAGGUAGCUGCAAAAUCCAUCAAGGACUGUGAACGGCUGAUUCGAGGGAAAGCCUGGGCCGAUAUUCGAAGAGAAGAUGGUCCCGUUGUGCCGGAUACCUUAGCAGCUAACCUGAACUCUGCGGCUCCCGAGGAUAUCCUCACCCUAGACUCUAUCUACUUUGUCGGACUAACAGUCAGCGACCAGCCGCUGGACUUUGGUAAUCUAUUCGACUCGGCAGACUACGGAUUUCCGGAACUAUGGAAUAUAGACUUUAUAACAGGAUUUUGA